GGGAGGCAGGGGAUGGAGGAGGAGGAGGAGGAGGAGGUGGCGGGGGGCAGCCGGGCGCUCGGCAGGAGCCACCCCGAGGGCGGCAGGGCGCAGGAUCGGCAGCAGAGGAAACGGAAGAGGCAGGAGGAGCAGCAGCUUCAGAAGAUCCAGCACCUGGAAUCCUUCUAUGAGAAACCUCCCCCAGGGCUAAUUAAGGAGAAUGAAACAAAACCAGAAGACUGCAUACCUGAUGUACCAGGCAAUGAAAGUGCACGAGAAUUCCUGGCACAUGCCCCGACAAAAGGGCUUUGGAUGCCUUUGGGAAAAGAAGUCAAAGUCAUGCAGUGUUGGAGGUGUAAACGUUAUGGACACAGAACAGGAGAUAAAGAAUGUCCAUUCUUUAUUAAAGGCAAUCAGAAAUUGGAACAAUUUAGAGUAGCGCAUGAAGAUCCCAUGUACGAUAUAAUAAGGGAUAAUAAACGUCAUGAAAAAGAAAUGAGAAUACAGCAACUGAAGCAGCUCCUGGAGGACUCUACCUCAGAUGAUGAUAGCAGUGAUGAGGAUGAAGAUAGCAGCACCUCCACUUCCUCAGAAUGUAGAGAUAAACACAAGAAAAAAAAGAGAAAGAAGGAAAAGAAAAAAAAAGAAAAGAAGAAGAAGAAAAAGAGAAAGCGUAAAUCAUCUAAAUCUAAUGACAAGUCAGAAUCUGACUGAAGGCAGGCACCAGCUGCAUGCUUAUUGACCUCUACUUGUCAACUGCAGGGAAAGUCUGAAGGAAUGAUGAAGAAACCAUCAGAAAGGGCUUUAUUAAACCCAGAACAUACGUAUGGACAAAUGCAGCAUUCUGCACCGGCUGUGCUCUCCUACACCUCUACAGUGCUGCAGCCAGAAAAGAGAGUGCUGCUCUAAAUUACACUCAGACAAACAUAUGUUUUUACUGUAAAACCUGUGUUUAAGGUUCAUCUGUCUUGGUGAAAUUGAGCCUCUGCAUUGCCGCGUGUGACUUGGCAGCAAGCAGCAACUACCCAAGAUACUGCCAACACAUCUGCAGAAUUCAGCAGAGCAUCUAUUGAAGUGUCUUUUCUCCAUGAAGUUAUUUUACUGUAUACAAAGCCUCAUUGUAUGAUGGGACAGCAACAUGCACCAUGCAGAGCACUGAGAGUUCAUUUACAGUGCUCCUUAUAAUCGGGUUGUACUGUAUUUCUUUUUCUGCAUACACUGUGUGCUGAAGUUCAGUGUACUUCUCCUGGUACUGGCAGCUAGGGAAAUAAAGAGCACUGCUGAAGGGGAAAAAAGUUAAUCAGGGUGAUUUACUUUAAGACAAAAUCGCAGUGUCAGCAAGAGCUGGGGUUUUCCUUUGUGUAGCAAAAUCUCAACAACUCCACUGUUAGUACACACAGGUCUGCAACACCUGAAGUGUUCUCCAAACCAGAGGAGUGGGAGCCAAGCAUAACAACAUUCAACUUUACAGUAAAGAGUUAGUGGGUUUAGUUAUUUAAAAAGGGGGGUUUCGUGUUAAUCUCAACAUACACUUCAGUAUCAGUUGUUUUGAUACAUUUGAGGGGUUGUGGUUUUUUUCCCUUUUAAAAGGGCUUGGGGAAAUAAAUUCCAAGUUUUUUCUUUAUGUUUACUAUAUUUUUUUAUGCAGCAAUAUUCCACAAAUCAUCCCACAAGAAUACAAACAUGUAAGGCUUUCAAAAUGGUUUUCAACUACAUCCACACAAGCCACAAACUGGUGGUGAAGAGCUUGUAAGCAGAAAGAAAGAAAAGUUCUGUUUACUCAAUUGGCCUUGUGGACUGACCACACCUCUCUUAAAUAAUCUUGCAGACUCAGCUGGAGAGAUUGAGAUCUUAUAAACUGCAUUAGAGUAAGCGUCUCUGAAUCUUCAAGGUGUAGUCAAAAGCUGUGAUUUGAGGAUCUAGAUGAUUUGUAUUGGUGCUCUGCAAAAGCAGAAAUAAAUAGAUUUGGUUGGAAAUGACUAGGAAGGGCUUAGAACUUCAUGUCUUUGCUUACCCUUAGGUUGAAAAAAAGAAAAAAAAAAAGCAUGAUAAAGCUCUCACAUCAGCAGAGAAGUCAAGGAACCAGAGAUUAAAAUGUAUUUAAUAUUAUUCGGUUUUCCUCCUGAGAACAGGGGAAAGUAUACAGUAAAAUGUGUUUUCUCCCUUCUACAUGCUUAAGAGUCAUUCAGUAAAAAUAAACCCCCAUUCCUUGCCAGUCAUUCACAGUAUGUUCUGGCGAAAGACAAGGUAGUCAAGGCCUUGAGCUUGAAUCAUAGAAUAGUUUGGGUUGGAAGGGACCUGAAAGAUCAUCUAGUUUCAACCCCCCUGCCAUGGGCAGGGACAUCCCUCUAGACCAGGCUGCCCAAGGCCCCAUCCAACCUGGCCUUGAACACCUCCAGGGAUGGGGCAUCCACAGCUUCCCUGGGCAAUCUGCUGUAAAGCUCUAUUUUGUCCUCCAGCAUUACUUAAGCAAGUCCCUCUGUGGUGGGAUUUACUGGUGUCAUCUGAUAGUUCCCUAUAUCAGCAUCAUCAAAUUUAAAGUUCCUAGCUCUUUCACCAGAAAAAAAAAGAUUUAACAGCUGAAGUAGCACGAGGAGAUUUAUAACGGGCUGGUUCUUUGUAUUGCCAUAUUUUGUGCUGAGAAAAUCCAUGCAUUGGGAAUAGUGGAACGGCUGCUGGAAGCCACAGGUAGUGUUCACCUGAUACAUUCCAAGACAAAUCUCACUCAAGUUUGCCUGGAGCAGAGGUAACCUAAAGAUCUCUUCAGUUACUUCAACUUUUGUCUCUUGAUUCUUUUGAAGUUCAGCUCAAUAAAAAACAAAUUCAGUUGUUCCACUCUCAUUCCAUUCCUUGUAAAUGGAUCCUUUCCAUUUUACUUACCAAGGUUUACUGUUUGUGCAAGCAAAAUAAAUCUGUAAAAGACUAUUCUCUAAUUUAUAUAAAAUGCUAUCUAAAUGUUUAGUUUGAGAUACCAAAUCAUUGUUCUGUACCAGACUAAGGGUCUGUUUAACCCAGUAUCUUUUUCUACUCAUGGUCAAUAGUGGAUACCUAUUGCAACAGAGCAGUGCAAACUCUAAGGACCUCAUUUUCAGUCACUUCACCAAAACGCUGUCUCAGCCUCCACUGCUUGCAGUGCAGGUACUUUUAAUCAUAAGUUAGAUUUUAGUGUUCAGUAGCCUUGGGGGGUGUGGGUGUGUGAGAUAAAUUAAUAAUUAGUGAAGAAACAUAAUUUGCUUUCAAACGGCUCCCUAGUAGUUUCAUUUCAUACACCCUAGUUCCUGUAGUGGAAGGCAUGCAAACAACCGAUUCCUAUUCAUUUCCCCCCCUAUCAUUACCAGUUUUGUAGCUCCCUGUCAUACCCUAUACAUAAAGGUAUCAGUAGCUCUUUACUGAAACUCAUUAAGGUAACUUUAAUUUUGAAAUGGGCUAUAACAGUUUCAAUAGAGUAAGAUUGAGUAGUGCUGACUGUGCAGCCAGUGCUAGAGUGCUAAGAAGCACAACUUAUUUCAUCAUUUAGCAUUUUAAGCAGUACCAAAGCUGGAAUUUAAGAGACUUUUAGGGGACUAAGAUAAAUACCAACAGCCAUUUAUAUUAGUGGAAAAUUAUUCUAUGUAAAAGUAAAUCCAGAAGGCAGAAUAAAAAGAUACAGUCUUAAAAAAAAACUGAUAAGACUUUAAAAAAAACAAGGCUUAACCAUUGAACUAUUUGUUUUUGUUCAAAGAACCAUUUCUAUUUCCUAGCAAUCCUUGCCUUCUUUGUAGACACAUUUCCAUUUAAAAGUUCUGUUGAAGCCUGAAGGGUAGCAGUAGAAUAAUUGUGUAGUCCCAUGAAUCUAAAUAGGCAUAAAAUCCAGCUACAAGAUACCUCCUCAGAGGUAAUACAGCUUUACGGGUCUCCAGCUCCCAGGUCUGUUUAUCUUAAUACUCUGAACCAUUCUGCUCAGAAAGAUAACUUCCACAAGAACACCAACGUCUGUCUUAUUUAUUUGGCCAUGAAAUUACUUGAGGUUUAUAGUCUUGUUGACUGAGAUGGCUGCUGGCAGUGAGUCAGUCAGGGGAAUCUGAGGACUCUUUUAAACAGUGCAUUUGUUUUUCCUUGGUAUGCCUGCAGUUAGCACGCAGCGAGUAGUUUUUGCCAUUGGCUCCCAUCUUCUAUUGUUUUAUUUUAAUAAAAAGACCUAAAAUGUUUUUUCCAAUGUAAGGGAGAAGACAGGACACUUAAAAGGAAAGCUUUAUGCCACAGAGAUGCGACCAAAUCAAAAAUUAAAAUCUAGAAUUAAAACCUGGCAAGCCAACAUAACCCACUGGCUCCACUUCAGCAAUUACACCACACCCACUUCGCAACAGAGGUUUUAGUUAGCUACAAAUAAUGAUUUAGAAACUCUGAGUCACAGACAGUAAGUCUGUCUGAACGAAGCUCCCAGUAUGACAGUCUGAGGCCUCUAGGGUUAGUUAGUGCUGUGCCAAGCAGCAAAUAGAUUCUUCAGCUGCCAUUCAGUAGAUGCUGCAGGAAGCAUGUGAAAACUUUGAAGGCAAUGCGAUACUGCUAUGUUUACAAGCUCAUAAUUCUGCCAGCACUGCAGUCACUCAUCACUGGGCAACCCAGCUUCAGUGGUAACAAAAGCUGACACGUAUGUGCAUCUGUAACAAACCUCAAAUACCGCUGUGGGUAGUUAGCUGGCCAAAUAAAAAGAGCCUGGGCUUCAAUUCACAGCCCUUUAAAAUGUAGUUUGUACUUCACCACCUUUCUGAAUAUUAAGCACAGUUGUAAGCCAGGUGACUUAAGACACAGUCCACAAAUCAUCUGUGCUUCUGAGUGAGGAAAGAGCCAAGCAGAAGAUUUAAGGUCACAGGGCUCAUAUUGUCAGAGUAGAGUACACCACAUAUAACAUUAACCAAGUAGUAUUUCUGGAGCACUAGAACAUUGAUGCAUGCUACUUCAAGCACUGGUGUGAAUCCAUGGCAUGGGUACACAAGAUUAAGCAAUUUGUUUAAAAUGGCAUUUUUUUUUUCCAGACAAAGAGUUGUCUAACCACUCCCACUGCCACUCCCUCAUAUUCUUGGUAGCUAGCAUCACACAGACCCUAAGUUGCCUCUUGCAUCUAGGUAAAAAGCAUAUUGACUACUGCAAGACCCAUGGAAGGAUCACUAGUAUGUCUUUGGGAAUACCUGUGAAACAGUAGCCAUUCCCAAUCUCCCAAAAAGUGCCAUCUAACUGAGGUAAUGAAUUCCUUUAUCAGACAAGCGGGAAAAUACAAACAGCUCAGUCUGUCAGGAGAACUGGCUUAACAUUCAAUCCCAUGGAUACACAAAUUCCAGGGAGAAACUAGUCAGUCCACAUGUAAGAGGUCUCAGUUAUAACUAAGGAUUACUCUUAGGUCACUUACAGCCUUCAAGUUGAAGAUAUUCUACCACUCAUUCUCCCCAUCUGAAAAGUCUGUUUCCCUCCAAGAGCAACACAUUCCUGUAUUAGAUAUCCAAGAGCAGCACUGCUGUAUUUUCCAGGGUAUUAAGCCCCAUGCUUGAAGUAAUUCCCUCUCAUUUUAUUCUUUAAUGAUCUGAUGCAACAGCUUCCCUGCAGCACAAAGGCUAAGUAAGGAUUUGUAUUCCUUAUUUUCUUGCAGUGCUUAUGGUAGAGAGGAAAUAAAAACUUGGCAUCACAGUGUUUAAGUGUAUCCUUUUCCCGAACAGCUUGGGUUAAAGGCUAUAAUUACUAUUGAGCAAGCACUAUUAAAAAUAGAAAGAUCAAGGAUCAGUUGGGUAGGGAAAUACUGCUCUUCCCUCAGUAAGGGAAAACAGCACAAUGUCGGUUGCAGGUCAAACUAGUAAUAGGUAGGUACAAAACUUGGAUAAAAGUAGUUUUUCCUGUGACUGCGUUCAUGCAGGUUACUCUGGGGCACAGACAGAAUAAGAACAUUGGUAGAUGAGGCAGAAGACAAGUCCUAUCUGUCUACCCCCAACUCCUCCCAUUUAAGAAAGACUGGUUUGUACCAUUUCCCUGCCUUUUAUACUCAGACUAUCACUUUAUUUGGGAAUCAUCCAAGAAUGGCAGUUCCAUCUUUGUUCUUCUCAUAUGGUGAUACUAGCUUCCCUGGACACAAGAAAGACCAUGGAUUUUUUAACUGCUCACCUAGAUCAGCAUUUCUGUUAUUCAUAAAACUAGGUCCAUGAGCUACCUUUUCAGCUUAGUUCUAUAAAAAGACUUUUCCAUAGUGAGCUGCCAAGGACAGUAUCAACUGUAAUAGAAGUCAUAAAUAAGUAGUCAAGAAACGGGGUACACCACUAUUGUAAGAACUUCUGUUUCACCUUCAAAGCCAAUCUUUCCAGCUCAGGUUCUCCCUAAAGAACCCUUAAAAGUCAACAGAAAAGGGGGAGUAGGAGGAAGCAUCACAUCAGUGCUUUAGUUUUAGUCCUCAAUCAUGCACUUAGAGAUUAAGAUCUGAGGAAGUGCCUUGAAAUUUCAAAUUAAUACUUGAUUUGAUAUGGCUUUAACUAUAGUCCUUUGCACUUUGACAAAAAAAAAAUCCAGCCAAAAAUCCAGCUAAUGGAAGAGAAUCUUGUACCAACAUCUGCAUCAUGUAGACAAACCAACUAUGAAACAAGAUGACAUUGACAGGACUCACAAUUCAAUAGCAGGGCAGCAAUAAAUAGUAUGCUAUUGUAGUAUUGAGGCACUUGCAUCCCUAUCAGGCUUUUCUGCUUCCAUGUAUAGAUGGAAUACAAGAAGUCUCAAAGUGCAGUUCUAUUAAAUUUAUUAUUUAAAUAAUGGGUGUGCUAGUUGUAAAAAGGUGACUUCAGUGGUAAAUACUUAAUUCCAUUUUAAUAGUGCCCUCAGUCUUUACAGUGCUACUUCUUACCCUUUAAGAGUGCACAGCAACUUACAAAAUAUACAAGAGAAUAACUACUGAGUUUUGGAUUUAUGCAAACCUCCGAUAAAUUUUUUUUCCCCCUCCUGCCCCAAUAUUUGCAGUUAUCUUCUCUUAAAGAGGGACCUCCUUGUUCCAUGCCCUGGAGAAGAAAAAAAAGAAAAGAUUAAUGUGUGCAUUCUCUCUCCAAAUAAUAUAUGUCAGAGCACUUCUAAAUAAAGACUACACAUAAGUGAUUGCCUUUUCCUAUUGCAGGAGGACACUGAUGGUUGAUACUAGAACUAUGUACUGAACUUCCUAGCAAGGAUAAAUUCUCGAGGAAUGGUGUUGGGU